CAUGGCUCACUCACGCGGAACACCCGCGUUAUCCUUACCAAAGAAAAACAAACGCCGGCAAAACAUAGACCCUUAAAUAAUGGACGGAAUGACAACACAUGGGCUGGUUCAGACUUUUUUGUCCUUUUUUUCUCUGGACAGGAAACAAUAUAGAAGUAGGGCAAAGUGUGCCUAUAUUUUUUGAAUCAAGACUUCGCCAGAGUUGUAAUUUGUGUGAAGAAAAGGUGGAGAGAGAAGGCGCGCGGCUCCAUACUCGACCAACUUGUAGCAUGAUCUCGCAUCACAAGCUCCGGAUCACAGCAAAGCAAAACAAAGGCACAAACUUUAUUUCAUAAGAGGAAUAGAAGUUGGUAUACUUCACUUUGCGCUUUUUAUGUUUGACGUGCUGAAACAAAAGCACUGUCUUAUUCUCAGGAACAGUGAAUCGUUUUGGAAUCUCACCCAAUCAGCACUGAAGUCUUGGACGGAGGCAAAACUCUUCCUAUGGCAAACGACACCGAGAAGGACCCAUGCCACAGCAACCUGCACAUCGACAAUGGGAACCCGCGCACCAGCGCGAUAAUGUUCUCUGCCGGAGUGAUAGGGAACUUGGCCGCUUUGAUCCUUCUGGAGAUCCGUCGCAGGAAGGACAAGAGCCGGCAGCGACUGUCGCUCUUCCACGUCCUGGUCACCACGCUGGUCGUCACUGACUUGAUGGGCACCUGUCUGGUCAGCCCUUUCGUCCUGGCAGCCUACUCCUUUAACACCACCAUUAUUUCUAUGAUUGACAGUAACCCUCCCGCAAUGUGUGAGUAUUUUGGAUUCUGUAUGACUUUUUUCAGCUUGGCCACGUUAUCUGUCCUCUUCGCAAUGGCGCUUGAGCGAUGCCUCUCCAUCGGAUGUCCAUACUUCUACGGGCGGCACAUCACCACACGUUGUGGAUACAUCACCAUUCCUUUCAUCUAUUUAGUUUGCGGUGUGUUUUGCCUCAUGCCUUUUUUGGGUUUUGGGGACUACGUGCAGUACUGCCCGGGGACGUGGUGUUUCAUUGACAUGAAUCCGUUAAUGCCGGAAGACCGAGUUUAUCCCGUCCUUUACGCAACCGUUAUGCUCAUCCUAGUCCUCGCUAUAUCGGCUUGUAACGCCUUUGUUGUUUACCAUCUGGUUUUGAUGUACCGGAGGCGCAAACUAAACGGGGGAUGCGUGACAACUCGGAGUAAGAAGGACCGGAGAGUCCUCUCCAUGGCCGAAGAGGUCGAACAUCUUAUAGUACUGGUGUUCAUGACGGUGAUAUUUGUGAUUUGCUCCCUUCCUCUGGUGAUCCGUGUUUAUAUCAACUCCACGGGGCAGAGGAAGGAGAGCCACAAGAUGGACCUCAUCGCCCUCCUCUUUCUCUCAACCAACUCCAUCGUGGACCCCUGGGUGUUCAUCUUCCUCAGCCCGUCAGUGCUGCGCUUCUUCUGGGGAGCCCUGUGCAAGACGCCCCUCCUGCGGUCCAGGGAUUCUUUCUUCAAGUCCUCCCUGGGGAAGCAGACGCACGCCCAGCUGGAGCUGUGCCAUCCCAGUGCUGUCUCCGAGUUCACCCUUUGAUGUACUGGACCUAAUUGGGGCCUUGUAUGUUGUCUCUGAAGGGAGAAGCCACUCAGAAUAGUGCCACUGCCCAAAUGUGCUGCCUGCCUAGUGGUUUGGUUACAUUGCAGGGAUGUGGGGUGUGUGUGUGUAGCUACUUAGGGGCAACUUCUGGACAAGUGGAGCGGCAACUUACACAUUCCUGCAAACGUAGGCUAGCUGCUUGCUUGUUUUGGAACAGGCUCAUAUUGGAAGCCUCCGGAGGCCAGCAACAGACAUUUGACUGGCAGUUAGACUCCAACUCUGAGGAGAAUGGAGUUGCAGUACAGGGUCACGUUCUUAAAAGUACUGCCCAUUAUUUGUUUUUACAGCCUGGACUCUCAAAUCAGAGGCCACUACAAGGACAGCAAACCAGGAUUCACAUCACUGAAGGGACUAAAUCAGAUAAGGACUGUUUAUUCUAUGUGAGUUGAUCAUGCUCCAGAUGCAUGCAUUGUUGCCACCGUGCCCUGUUACCACACCCUGGGACUCCCAGAGAAGUUUACAUGAAUUCUUUCUAUUGAGAUGUUCCUUCAGCUAUCCAAUGGAAUCCUUGUGGUUCUGGGAAUUGUUAUCAGAAAAGUCAGAGUCAUCCAUGUAAUCCAAGCAAGAUUCACACACUCCAGACCUAUGUUCAAAUACUAUUUAGGGUAUUUCAAAUACUUUCAAAGACAUUUGGAUGUAAGCAUUUGGUAUUUUCUUCCACGUAGUAUAAUAUUGUAAUGUAUUUGGAAAUAACCUUGGAAAGUAUUUGCAUGUAUUUCGUAAAUAAAUAUUUAAAUACUACCAUGCAUUUCAACCAGGUCUGUUUGGUAUUUGAAAUAAUGUAUUUGGAAAUAGGUAUUUGGAAAUACUUUCAAAUAGUAGGCUAUUUAUAGUAGGCUAUCCAAUAGAAGUAGUUGAUUCGGAACACAUUAAAAUAUUAGUACUGUAUUUGUACUGUAUUUGAGUAAAAAAUACUAAAAUACGGUACACAGAUAACAAAUAAUCAAAUACAUGUAUUUUAGCCCAGGUCUGACACACACAUACACUAUCCCCUCUCCCUGCAGCUAUGACCCGUUGACCUUUCCCCAUUCACCCCACUGGGUACUCACCUCAAACGGUCAAAGGGUAAUAGCUCGAGAGUGACAUUUCGUCUUGUAACGUUUACAUUUUUUAUCAAACAAAUGAAUGUGGUUAUGUUAUGAGAAUUGUGCUAUGAAAGGAGGUUUCGCCUGUACUCUUAUGAGGUACCUUACUGUUUUGUUUUAUUUCACCUUUAUUUAACCAGGUAGGCCAGUUGAAAGGACAGCUUGAGUAUUUAUUAUGUGUCCCAGCUCUCAGAUCUCAUUGAUGUGUUAGUGUACCUGGUGACAAGGUACUCAUGAAUGUUCAGUGCGCAUUUGUAAAUGUGUCGUUCGUGUGUGUGUGUCAGUAAACCUUUUUAUGUGACUAAAGUACAUGUCAUAUAAACAAUGUCACGACAGGCCUGAUGGAAAAAUAAUAUUUGUUGGUAAACAUUUCAAAUGUCGACACGACAAUACGCCAGACAAUGUGGGAUUUUUUUUGUGUCGGUAACAUUUAUUAUGCAAGGAAUGGCAGUGGAAACGCUUUUUCCAUUUCCAAUACAUAUCGAGGGUCUUAUUCUGGUGACAUGGUGAUUCAUGCUUGGCUGCCGUUAGACAAAUAAAAAACAAUCUUGCUAUUUUGUCCAUAAUAAUGUCAUAAUUUAGGCUAUACCCGCACUGUAUCUGCGAGUGCGAGCUAUUAGCGAGUGUGUACGUGCCAAGACCAGAGUGGACACAUUCGCUAUAUAACGUAACUUUUUUGUGACAAGACCAUCAGUAGAGUUGAAAAUGCGAUGGAAACCCAUUUAACUUUUUAUUUGGUACAGGGGAAUACACACAUUGUUUUAUCCGUAACAAGUCAAUUUGUUGGAAACACAUCUCUGGUGGGAAAAUGCGCAUGUUGUUUUCAUAUGGAUUUUAGAAUAUUUGCAUGAAAAUCUGUCGCCAAUUGGAUGGAAACCUAGCUAAUGUCAAAGAGAUGGCACUGAAAAAACAUGAUAUCAGCAAGAAAUCCUACCUCUACAGUUGAAGUCGGACCUUAGCCAAAUACAUAUAAACUCAGUUUUUCAGAAUGUGAAAUGUCAGAAUAAUAGUAGAGAAUUAUUUAUUUCAGCUUUCAUUUCUUUCAUCACAUUCUAAGUGGUUCAGAAGUUUACAUACACUCAAUUAGUAUUUGGUAGCAUUGUCUUUAAAUUGUUUAACUUUGGACAAACGUUCCCACAAUAAGUUGGGUGAAUUUUGGCCCAUUCCUCCUGACAGAGAUGGUGUAGCUGAGUCAGGUUUGUAGGCCUCCUUGCUCGUUCACGCUUUUUCAGUUCUGCCCACAAAUGUUCGAUAGGGUUGAGGUCAGGGCUUUUUGAUGGCAACUCCAAUACCUUUACUUUGUUGUCCUUCAUCCAUUUUGACACAACUUUGAAAGUGUGCUUGGGGUCAUUGUCCAUUUGGAAGAGCCAUUUGCGACCAAGCUUUAACUUCCUGACUGAUGUCUUGAGAUGUUGCUUCAAUAUAUCCACAUAAUUUUAAUUCCUCAUGAUGCCAUCUAUUUUGUGAAGUGCACCAGUCCCUCCUGCAGAAAAGCACCCCCACAACAUGAUGCUGCCACCCCCGUGCUUCACGGUUGGUAUGGUGUUCUUCGGCUUGCAAGCCUCCCCCUUUUUCCUCCAGACAUAACGAUGGUCAUUAUGGCCAAACAGUUCUAUUUUUGUUCCAUCAGACCAGAGAACAUUUCUCCAAAAAGUACAGUCUGGCUUUUUUAUGGUCGGUUUUGGAGCAGUGGCUUCUUCCUUGCUGAGCGGCCUUUCAUGUUAUGUCGAUAUAGGACUCGUUUUACUGUGGAUAUUGAUACUUUUGAAACUGUUUCCUCCACCAUCUUCACAAAGUCCUUUGCUGUACGUUCAUCUCUAGGAGACAGAACGCUUCUCCUUCCUGAGCGGUAUGACGGCUGCGUGGUCCCAUGGUGUUUAUACUUGCGUAUUAUUGUUUGUACAGAUGAAUGUGGUACCUUCAGGCAUUUGGAAAUUGCUCCCAAAGAUGAACCCGACUUGGAGGUCAGCAAUUUGAUUUAUUUUGAUUUUCCCAUGAUGUCAAGGAAAGAGGCACCUCCAAAUGACGUCAAUUAGCCCAUCAGAAGCUUCUAAAGCCAUGACAGUCAACUUAGUCUACGUAAACUUCUGACCCACUGGAAUUGUGAUACAAUGAAUUAUAAGUUAAAUAAUCUGUCUGUAAACAAUUGUUGUAAAAAUUACUUGUGUCAUGCACAAAGUAGAUGUCCUAACUGACUUGCCAAAACUAUAGUUUCUUAAUUAACAAGAAAUUUGUGGAGUGGUUGAAAAAUGUGUUUAUGACUCCAACCUAAGUUUAUGUAAACUUCCGACUUCAACUGUACCUAUACCUGUUGUUAAUGUUUAUUUGUUUAACCCUUAUUUUAGCAGGUAAGUUGGGAUGUCGUGGUAAGUUGACUGAGAACAAAUUCUCAUUUACAUGUAGACAGUCAGACCCUGUGGAAGAUGGCUGAUUGCACUGAGCUUUUAAACUUUGUCAGGCAUGUGUGAUUAUGUACAUGUGCCUGCGUAUGUGUAUGCCUGUGUGCGUGUGUCUAUAUGCGUGUGUUAACGCUUCUGUUAAUAUGCACCUGGCGCAUCCAUCUAGCCCUUAUCCGUCAAACCUGUUCUGGAGCGCCACUUCCUGUCAUAGACCCACGUCGUGGAUGACAUCCAGAUGUGUAUGUUAACUAAGUUAGACUCCCAACCAGACCUUUAAAAAAAGCUAUUACUCUCUCAUAAUGAAAACAAACAGGGAUUUCACUAGCUCCACCAAUAUAACUUACACAAGCAAAUCAGACACUUAAAUUGCCUUUGGGAGAGCAUAUUGAAUUAACAACAUGCAGACCCUUUAAAUUGAUCCCUAGUCACAAACACUAACGAAAUAAACAUAAUUAUAUAGCAUUAAUUACAUUGGAGAUGGCUCCACAGGAACAGGCAUGCGAUUUUGAUUACAAACGUGAUUCAUUCGGUUUACUCUUGCGAUUGAUUUAAUGAAGGUGGUUAGUCAGAGGGAAAUGACUUUGUUGAAACAUAUCGUGUCUCGUGUCAGUCCUGGGUCGUGUUGAUUAGGCACCAAAUAUAAGAAAACCAACUGAAACAGGGAGGGACAACAUGAACAUGAACUUUUCUCAAUUUUGUUUUUUGUUGCAAAACGUUUUCCAUUGCAUGCCCUAAUGAACAUCACCCAAAGAAGUUGUCUAGGCUUUAAGGUUGGAGAUGCCGGAGCUAAAGUCUGGUCUGGUAAUACGGCCUAAGGCCCCCUGCCUUGUGGUGGGAGGAUGUUUGGUUUCAUAUAAUCAAGUUCCUGCAAAGAAGCAUGGGAGUACAGAGGCACAUACCUCCUCUCUGGUCAAAAGUAGUGCAAUAUAUAGAGAAUAGGGUGCCAUUUGGGACACAGCCUUGCCUAUGAUAUUAGUACAAAUGCCAAUGUGUUUCUGUUUAGAUAAAUUAUGUAGUUCAAUGUUGAUUUUUAAGGCAUCAAAAAAUAACUGAAGUUUUAUGAUUGCUGUUGACAUUGCCCAUGUGGAGUUCCAUCACAAGCCAGUUAUCUACACUCUAUUUUAUUUAUCUCAGUCACCCACCCUCUCUUAGUCCCUCUCCCUCCUUUUUUUCUCUCACUACCUUGUUCGUUCUCCCCUCACCUUAGACUUCUUCAACACAUUUCAAAGGGCCUCCACCUUGUCCCUCCACCUGAACAUACAAACAGAAACACACACACACAGCGGGUUAAUUUGAGGGAAUGUGAUUAAGUCAUGGGCUCUGACAAGAGACAGAGAACGCCAGACACCCAUUGGAGAGAAACGCGUUUAUCACCAACGGCAAUGCCUUGUCUGCCAAACUGACACUCGUCGCCAAGAGCUGACAUCCUCCCAGACGUGAUUGUUCCAUUCCACUCACUUAACCUGUCUGGUUCCAUUUGGGUUUAGCUGACUAGUACACAUAUCAAAUGUACACGUGGUUGGCUUGACGUAAACCCAACAUGACACAUUCCAGGCGCUUGUACCUACGUACCAUUGGGGUCUAUGAUUAUUUCAAGCAAGGCAGCUUGAAAAUAGUCAUUGUAUGUGCUGUUUUUGUCUUGUCGCUUGCAGCAGGUACUAUAUGCUACCUAUUGUGUCUCAAUUGCUGACUCUUGUAAAUUUUUUGUCAAAAUGAACAAUGUUUUGGUAACGUGUCGUAAUAAAGCUGGUACCACUAAAGAUUA